AUGGCGCAGGCCAGCAAUAUAGACACCACGGUUGCCCUGCCGCGCCUGGAAGAUCUACUGCGACAUCCAGAAGAUUUGGAUAAGAUCAGUGGCCUGAAGGCGGAAUAUCUCCGGAAGAAGACGGCUGUUGAUCUGCAGCUGCGAGAAGGUCUACGAGACCAGCUUGAGGCAGUACAGCGCAGUAUUGCUGCUUUGACAGAAGGACAGCGCCAAGUGUCCAAAACGAAAGAUGAGCUCCAAGGCAUCGACAAACUGUGCGCCGAGUCGCAGGAUAGCGUGGAGGAUUUCGCGCAGAUUGAUCAGCUUGCUCGGAUCCAGCGACAUUUCGAUGCUACGCUCAUGAUGAAGCGCGGACUGGAAAAUUUCGGUUCAGAUCUUCAGGAAGUGGAGGAUUUGCUCGAGGAGGAUAAGGUGGAUCUGGAGAAUCAGCCUAACCUUCUCCGUGCCCAUAUGCAGAUUUCGCGAUUGCGAGAUUUCCGGGAUGAGGCUAUGGACCAAAUCGGCAAGGCUCAGGAUCGGAGUAGCGAAGAGACGCUUGAAGAGUAUUUCGAGGGGUUGGAUUCUGUCAUUGAUACAUUUGAUGAACAUCUCGGUAUCGCUUGCGGCAACAUUAUUUACUUGGCGAAGGAAAACAGAGGCAUGGUUGUGCGACUUGCUGUUGUUGUGAUGAACGAGGAGAAGAAUGAUGAUACAGUUAGAGCUUUGCAAGAAGCCCAGAAGGACCACAAAGAUCUCGCGAGUCGGUUCAAGUCCAUGAAUAUUGGCCCAAAGACUGUACGCGGAUACAAAAGCAAAUUCAUUGAGGCCAUCGAGGCUCGCGCCGAUGGAAUGUUCGAAGAGACUUACAGGAAAUUUCUCAAAAGACCGACCAAGUUACCACAGUACUGCGAAUGGUUUUUCGAGGAUCUGGCCACGGUCAAGGAGUACAUGCAAAAUCUCGUCCCGAAAAAAUGGAAAAUUUUCAGAACAUACACCGACAUUUACCACCGCAUGAUGCACGACUUCCUGCUCGACAUGAUCGAUGACACUGAGGAGCCGGUUCCAUCCGACAAUCUGCUCGAGAUCAUCCACUGGAGCGACAUUUACUACAAAAAGAUGGGGGAUCUAGGCUGGACACAAGCAGAUCUUCAGCCCAACAUCCUAGACGAUCGAGAGCCACAAUUGGUCCAACGAUGGCAGAGCGUCAUCAUCAAUGCCGUGGAAGCAUGGAUGGAAAACGUCUUCAACAAAGACAAGAAUUCUCUCGUCGAACGCGCCGCAGACGCCCUGGACACUGAUGCAGAAGGCCAUUUCCGCACCAAAGGACUGGCCGACAUGUGGCGCAUGCUUCACGAGCAAGUUGCGGUAUCAGGUGGUACAUCUCGCAGAAUCAACACCAACGGUGAAGAUGACGGUAGCGUCAAACUUCAAGCCAACCGCACCGAUCUAGUAGAGGGUGUAAUCGACGCCAUGUUCCGCGUUCUGAAGAACCAACAAAGCGCAUGGCAAACACUAGUCGACGAAGAGUGCACGAAAUACCAUACCGGUAGCGCAGAUCAAGAAGGCGUACAACUGCUGCAGGACUGGAUGAUCGGUAUAGCCAACGACCAGAUCUCGUGUAUCGACGACAACGAAGAAACAGGUGCGUUUGGUUAUUUGACGCGGUUCAAGAAUGAGUUCCUUCCAUUUGUCACACCUAAGUACAUGGCUUCCACGGCGAACAUUGAGCUAGAGGCACUGCGCGACGGAUAUGUCGAUUUGAGCACGCACUGCCUGGCGCAGUUUGUGAGCAUUGUUUUCACAGUGGAUUUGGAUACUGUGCUACCUGACAUCUUCACGUCAAGGUGGUAUGGCGAGUACGCCAUGAAACGCAUUACAUCCACUUUCGAAGACUACAUGGCAGAUUACACACCGGUGCUACACCCGUCGCUUGUAGAGAUUUUGGUUGAGGAGCUAUCCGAUGAGCUGCUCGUGCGAUACCUUUCAGCUGUGCGGAACAAGGGCGUCAAAUUCCGACGUCAUGUCGAUCCAUUCACCGAGAAAUUCAAGGACGACGUCCUUACUGUCUUUGCGUUCUUUGAAAAUUACCCCGAUUCGUUCGAGGGGACCAUCAAGCAGAAGUGGAGGUUGGUUGAACGGCUUGUUCAGCUUCUCGAUACGGAUAAGGGUCCUGCGCUCGUGGAAGUGUACGAGUCUUUCAAGAUCGAGUAUUGGGAUCUGCAACUCUCUUGGGUUGAGGCUGUGCUGCGUACUCGUGAUGACUUCGAGCGUAGCAUGAUUACUUCUAUCAAGGCCAAGGCUGCUGGACUGUCUGUUGAACGUGGGAUGGAAACUAUCAUGAGCAGGGUUAGAUGA